AUGGCUGACUAUUCAAACCACAAUCGCGGUCAAGAGGACGAAGAGGAUGAAGAAGAUAUUGAUGAGACGGGCUACAAAACCAUCAAAGAUGCUGUUCUAUUUGCAAUUGACGUUAGCUCGACUAUGCUCACCAAGCCGCCUCAGCUGGAUUCGAAAAAGGCCGAUCGCGAUACUCCCACAAUUGCUGCUCUCAAAUGUGCUUAUUCUCUGAUGCAGCAACGCAUCAUCUCCAAUCCUAACGACAUGAUGGGAAUCCUUCUCUUUGGCACUGAAAAGUCUCGUUUCCAGGAUGAAACCGCUUCCUCCAAGGGCCUCUCAUAUCCCCACUGCUAUCUCCUGACAGACCUGGACGUUCCUGGAGCCAGAGACAUCAAACGUCUGCGUGAUCUUGUCAACGACGAAGACCAGGCCAAAGAACUUCUUCAGCCUUCCAAAGAGCCCGUUUCCAUGGCCAAUGUCUUGUUUUGCGCAAAUCAAAUCUUCACCACAAAAGCUCCCAACUUCUCGUCGAGGCGUUUGUUCCUGGUCACCGACAACGACGCCCCUCACAAUGACGACAAAGCCUUGAGGUCUGCUGCGGCUGUCAGAGCGAAGGAUUUGUACGACCUGGGUGUCGUUAUUGAACUGUUCCCCAUCUCGAGUCCGGAACACGUCUUUGACCGCUCCAUCUUCUACAAUGACAUUAUCUACAGCGCCAUCCCAUCAGAUCCAGAUGCUCCUGCGCCUGUCACCAAGGCUUCUAGAGCUUCUGCCAGUGGCGACGGUCUCACCCUACUACAAUCACUUUUGUCAAACAUAAACUCUAGGUCCGCUCCUCGACGUGCCUUGUUCUCGAACAUGCCCUUUGAGAUUGGUCCGGGUCUCAAAAUCUCAAUCAAAGGUUACAUAAUCAUCAAACGUCAGGAGCCCGCCAGAAGCAGCUAUGUUUACAUGGGCGGAGAAAGGCCUCAGCUCGCUGUCGGCUCUUCCACCCUCCAAGCAGAGGACACAGCAAGAUCGGUCGAAAAAGUUGAGAUCCGAAAGGCAUACAAGUUUGGAGGCGAGACUGUUUCUUUCACACCCGAGGAGAUUUCAGAGAUCAAGAACUUCGGCGAUCCCAUACUUCGCAUCAUCGGCUUCAAGCCCCUGAGUAUGCUACCUAUCUGGGCAAAUCAUCGUCCAUCUACUUUCAUCUAUCCAUCAGAGGAAGAUAUCAUCGGCAGCACAAGAGUCUUCUCCGCUCUACAGCAGAAGCUUCUCAAAGACCAAAAGAUGGGUCUCGCGUGGUACAUCCCUCGCCGUAACGCGACACCUACACUUGCUUCUGUCAUUCCAGGAGCAGAGAGGCUAGAUGACGAUGGAUUACAGGUCAUGCCGCCAGGUCUGUGGAUUCACGUGCUCCCUUUCGCAGACGACGUUCGUCAGAUACCCGACACAUCAGUGGUUCAGGCACCUGAUGAAUUGGUUGACAAGAUGAGAAUUGUGAUCCAGCAGCUGCAAUUACCAAAGGCUGUAUAUGAACCCAAGAAGUACCCUAACCCAUCUCUACAGUGGUUCUACCGGAUAUUGCAAGCUCUGGCCUUGGAAGAAGACUUACCAGAAAAGCCCGAGGACAAGACAUUGCCGCGUUACCGCCAGAUCGACAAACGGGCAGGCCAGUAUGUCAUUGAAUGGGGAUCUGAGCUCGAAGAACAAUACGAGGUUUGGAAAAGAGCCAAUGCUGGUCGUCACACUGCUACAGGUGCGACUAAGCGUGGCUCAGCAGCGGCCGGUGAAAGCACCAAAAGAACCAAAACGACUGCAGUCUCUAAAUCAAGCGAUAGCAUCAGCGACGAAGAGAUGCGCAAGGCCUUCGAGACUAACAAGAUCAACAAAUUCACUGUCGCCAAUCUCAAGGCUUGGUGCCAGGAGAAGGGAAUCAAACUACCAGCAGGUGCAAAGAAGGGUGAUGUCGUUGAUGAGGUGACUAGCCAUUUCGAGAACAAGAUGGCUUUCUAA